AAUUAUGUUCUCAUCACUGUUGGACACGGCGCGGAACUCGCCAUUCCGCGGCCCUCUCACCCCCGCACAAUGCCAAGCUGGCGCCCUGACGCCGGCCAGCAUUGAACAGCCACAGGGCAUGGCAGCGUCCGCUGUCGUCCCACAGGACUCGUGCGAGUUCGCGUCUCCCAAAUACUUCGCGCUAUGCGGUCUCGGCGGUAUCCUGUCUUGUGGUAUCACCCACACCGCUGUGGUGCCUCUGGAUCUGGUCAAGUGCCGUCUGCAGGUGGACGGAGAGAAAUACAAGAAUGUAGUGACUGGCUUCAAGGUGUCCGUACAAGAGGAAGGUGUCCGAGGUCUCGCCAAGGGCUGGGCACCCACAUUCAUCGGUUACUCACUACAGGGUCUCUGCAAGUUCGGCCUGUACGAAGUGUUCAAAGUGGGCUACACCGGUCUACUGGACGAGGAGACCGCCUACACGUACCGCACGCUCGUGUACCUCGCCGCCUCCGCCUCCGCUGAGUUCUUCGCCGAUAUUGCUCUGUCGCCGCUCGAAGCAGCUAAAGUGCGUAUCCAGACCAUGCCCGGCUUUGCGAACACGCUCCGCGAGGCGUGGCCCAAGAUGGUCCAGAACGAGGGCUACGGCACAUUCUACAAGGGCCUGGUGCCACUGUGGGGCCGACAGAUCCCUUACACCAUGAUGAAAUUCGCCUGCUUCGAGAGGACCCUCGAGUUGUUAUAUAAGUACGUAGUGCCCAAGCCACGCGCGGACUGCACCAAGGGUGAACAGUUGGUGGUGACGUUCGCGGCCGGCUACAUCGCCGGCGUGUUCUGCGCCAUCGUGUCCCACCCUGCCGACACCGUCGUCUCCAAGCUUAACCAGGAUAAGACGGCGACCGUGGGCUCGAUCGUCGGCAAGCUGGGCUGGGCGGGCGUGUGGAAGGGUCUCGGCCCCAGGAUCAUCAUGAUUGGUACCCUCACCGGCCUGCAGUGGUUCAUUUACGACGCGGUCAAGGUAUGGCUCAGAAUGCCCCGACCCCCACCAGCUGAGAUGCCCGAGUCCCUACGCAAACGGCUAGAGGCCGAGGAGGCGAAGGCGAAGAAGUGAACAUAGCGUUAAUACCCUCGCAAACUAGCCAAACAACGUCCAACGUCGUCUCUCUCUCUUAUCUAUGCGAAAAGAGAGAGAUGAAAUUGGAUAAAUUCUGGCUGUGUUAAGAGUUAGACAAGUUAUUGUAUUCAAUGAUGUUUCAAUAGUCCAAUAAUAUAGAUUUAUGUACAAUUGAGUCGUGUACGUAACACAAUAACAUACUUAGGGUUCAGAUUUCUCUGGCACACACAACUUUGGCUGAGUAAUAACUCAGCUACGGCUGAGUAAUAACUCAGCCACGGCUGAGUAAUAACUCAGCCACGGCAGAGUAAUAACUCAGCCACGGCAGAGUAAUAACUCAGCCACGGCAGAGUAAUAACUCAGCCACGGCAGAGUAAUAACUCAGCCACGGCAGAGUAAUAACUCAGUCACGGCUGAGUAAUAACUCAGUCACGGCUGAGUAAUAACUCAGUCACGACUUAGUAAUAAUUUUGCCACGAACAUGUUCAACACUAAAAUUGUUGCGUGCCCGUUGCCAACCCAAAAGAAAGCUCGUUGUCAUUUUUUAAAGAACAACAAAAACGUUCGAUCUUCUUUUUGGUUGUAAUUCAUACCUUGAAUGCGAUUGUAAAUCCACUAUUGAGACAUCAUUACCUAAAUAAACCGCGACGUUAAAGUGAGAUUCACUGCCUUGUCAAGCAUACACCUAUAUGUAUAUGUACAAUAAUCAAAUACUGAUAUAAAACAUCGCGGCGAUCGUUUUGUUCCACAUAUGUAGUACCAACAAUUACCACAAUAAAUAAGCGUGUUUAUUGUUAAUUUAUUAUUGAAUAAAAUAUAUUUUAAUUUAUUUUUGUUGGUUUAUUUAUGUAUAUAAGCAGUUCGGUUGGAUGUAUGUAUCACCGUUGGAAAUCUCGUUCAAUAAACAUUAGAACAACA